UAAACACUGACUGAUUGUAUCUCUUGUACUUUAUCAACACAGUAUCUAAAAACUUUGCACCGUAGUGGUUAAAAUCUCAUUCUAAUAACAGUUAAAAGCGCAUUCGGUUAUUAGGUUUACGGGGUUAUUAAAUUAUGGUGAACGGUUGGUAGAAUUUUUUUUAAACAUUAUCUGCCAAUUACAUCUGCUACCCUUCUCCAAAUCUGUGCCCCUACCUGGCCCCCCCAACAAAAAUUUUCUAGACACGCCACUGACCGGUUGGUGUGUGGUUGCUGACACUUGCUAGGUGGUGAUGUCUGCAAAAAGGUUAGCAGAUUCACACCCAUAAUUUUCAUUUAAAAACAAAAAAGUACAUUUGUCCUGUAAUAGACAGCAAUGUCAAGCAAACAAUCACCAGUAAUUUGGGGAAUAGACAUUUUUCCCUAUGGUUGUCAGGGGACCAUUGUGUGAACUCUAGGGUCAUGUGACUGAAACAAAAGGUUUCAUAGCAACCUUAAGCACACGCUUGCCAACUGGUCAGGACAUACAUUUUUUUUUUUUUUUUGCCUAGUAAGAAUUGGCUUAAAGGGGUUGCUGACUGGUCUCUAGGCCUUAAGUACAGAUAAUAAACACACUGGUGUAACUAGCUGCUCUUGAGUAGUUUGUACUUGAACUUAUCAACUUUUAAGAUUGUGUAUAAUCAGCUUCAAAGAUCCAAAGUUAGCUUAAAGGAUCAAAGAGAAAUUUACUUCACAUGGGACACGGAGUCGAGACUGAAGGCAGACAGAGAUGCCCCAAAGUAAAAGAAAUCACAACUGUUACUAUUACAAUAUAAAGAAGAACUGAUGUAAGAUGAAAACAUUUUGGACAUAGAGUAUAACAUCGAUUAAACAGCAGCAUGGAUACACUCCGGCAAUUUUCAACAUUUAAUCAGAGGGUGAAAUUUUGUAGGUAUCCUGAAAAAUCAGAUGAAACUCAGCUUUCAGUUACUGAAUAAGAAGCAUACUGACAGCCUACUUCUGUUAGUACUUCUCAUGCAGAUGUCUAGUUUAUUUUCUCACCACUUUUCAUAAAAUACCAUUUUAGAAAUCAAUUAUAAAUAUAUUAUUGUAAAGCUUGUGUUAAAAACCUUUCAUUAAAAAACAAUCCCAUGAACUAGUUGCACGACAGCUUGUAGGACCCUUUUAUUAACAAGUGACUCAUAGAUUACCAAUAUUUCUUAUUGUUUUAUUGCUCAACACCUCAUAUUUUUUUCAAAACAUUUCAGUGUAAUGUUUACAUUAUGAGGAAUAACUUAUUGGAAGGUGAUUCAGGUUUUCCUGAACCACACUCACUUUAUUCCAAAUUUUAAAAAUUUGGGGUAUGUGUGUCCCCCACUUUACAUCUGCAGGUGGUGCUAUCUACCUGUGCAUCUAGCUGGCACUGGAAUUUAUGUGUCUUAGAGUUAAGGCUCACAACUCUUCAACUCUGCUGCAGCUAGCCUACAUUUUUCUGACAGAAUGUUGAAAUUAACCUUUUAUAAAUGUUCCACAACUUAUCUCAGUGCAACUAAAACUUUUGGAUUUUUUGACCUGAUUUCGCUGCGAAGGGCACACAUAGUCUAGUUGAUCAGUUCAACCAAUUAAGAUCGUGUCUUUGUACAAGAAAAUGCCAAUUUUGAAUUGAUAAAUCUAACUAAACAAAAGCCACUGAAACUCCUGGAAUUAUAUACCAGUUCAUUUUCUAGGAUUUUGAAGGAAAUCCGGAACAUUGUUCCAAAUUCCAUAAGAACUGUUGGUUUUAGCAAAGGUGACGGUUUACUGAAAACAUGAGAGAGAUGGAAGCAAAUAAAGGGAUUAAGAGAGAGACUGAAGUGAAAGAGGUGUGCAGGAAAAUGUUUGGGCAAGACAAGGAAAUAACCAGAAGACGAGAGGAAAAGAGCACAGGAAAUGUUGAGAUUUCCUUUGGUUGUUGGGUUCCUGACAUAUUUGCUCACUACCCUCUUUCCCUCCGGGAGUGUUAUAGUGAGAAGAAAGAGACAUCUCCGACUGAGAAGAAGAGCUUUUAUUUUGUAGUUACUGAAAGAGGGAGAUGUUGUGAGGCAAUGUGGAGAAGCUAUCUGAAGAUAUUUUCCUUUCUGAUUUUUCUGGAUUUUCAUUCAUCUUUCUGACUAUUUUUCUUUCAUGUUUUUGGUCAUCAGUUUUUGGGAAAUAAGGAAAUAAGUUACUGAUUGAUUUAUCUCUUCUUUUUGGUCUUUACCUUGUAACUUUUUCGCCGCUACUGCUUUGGUUGUUGUCAUUACAAACUUCCUGUAGUCAUGUAAUCAGCGGUUCAUUCGGCACUGGAUCCACCUUGUAUUAACCCUGUGACAGUGGGAUUUGAUUUUUUCAUUUCUGAGCGAGUUUUUACAGCCUUUCAGCUUUCAGGAUCGUGCUGCGUUCAACAUGUUACGCUGUAUUAUUCAGCGAGCCAACAACUUGAAACACUCUGACCCUCAGGCCAGUGUCAUUUUCAGAGGGUCCAAGAAGAAGACAAAGGUCAUCAAAAACAAUCCUAACCCUGUGUGGAAUGAGGGUUUUGAGUGGGAUCUGAAGGGGAUUCCUCUGGACUCUGGAGCUGAGAUUCACUGUGUUGUUAAAGAUCAUGAGAAAAUGGGGAGAAACAGGUUUCUGGGGGAGUGUCGGCUAGGUCUUAGAGAUGUGCUCAACUCUCCCAAUUUCGCCGCCACCUUCACCGUCUCCUUGCUGGACACCAAGAGGAACAACACAGGGGCCACGCUGACCCUGCAAGUUUCCUACCUUCCUCCUCCGGGAUCGGCUCCGAUGUUUCAGUCUCCUCCCCAGCUGGACCCUCAGCCUCAUAACAAUCCUAGUGUGGAGCUGGACACGGUCACAAUGAUCUCUCUGGAUACUUUGGGCGAGGAGGAUACAGAGAGUAUGAUGAUGCUUGAGCCCACAGAGGACCAGGGAGCAGACGAUGGACGCUCCAUGGUGAUAAUUGGUCCUCAGGGGCCCCCGGGCCAGGAAUCCCCCACCGCCCAGACGCCCAAGCGUUCACCGCCAUCCUACCACACCCAAGGAGGGCUGAGGAAGAGGAGGAGAGGAGCCAGCAGUCAGCCCAAACAGCUACCCAACAAACCACAGGAUCUACAGAUUCGUGUGCGGGUCAUUGAGGGACGACAGUUGCCGGGCAUCAACAUUAAACCUGUUGUUAAGAUAGCAGUUGCCGGGCAGUCCAAGAGGACCCGAAUCAGAAAGGGGAACAACCCAGUCUUUGAUGAGACUUUCUUCCUGAACUUCUUCGAGACACCCUCAGACUUGUUUGACGAACCCAUUUUCAUCACUGUAUGUGACUCUCGUUCGCUUAGAACUGACGCCGUGAUAGGUGAAUUCAAGAUGGAUGUGGGCACCAUCUACAAUGAGCACAGGCACUGCUUCUUGAGGAAGUGGCUUCUGCUUUGUGACCCUGACGACCUCUCUGCUGGGGUCAAAGGCUACCUGAAGGUCAGCUUGUUUGUCUUAGCAGCUGGAGAUGAGCCACCGGCUGAUAAACGUGAGUGUGUGGAGGAUAAAGAGGAUAUAGAAUCAAACCUGUUGAGGCCUGCAGGUCUGUCUUUGAGAGGAGCCUCGUUCAACCUGAGGAUCUUCAGAGCUGAAGACCUGCCACAGAUGGACGAUGCCUUCAUGGAUGGGAUGAGGCAAAUUCUUGGCUUUGAUAGCAACCGGAAGAAUCUGGUGGAUCCUCUGGUGGAGAUUCACUUUGCUGGCAAAACGAUUUGCACUAAGACUUUGGAAAAGAAUGCCAAUCCACAGUGGAACCAGCGCCUGGCCAUGCCAGUCAGAUUUCCUUCCAUGUGUGAGAAGAUGAGGAUCAGAAUUCUGGACUGGGAUAGAGCCAGUCACAACGACGUUAUCGGCACCACCCACCUCUGUAUGUCCAAGAUCUCCGCCCCCGGAGGAGAGAUAGAUGAUGACUUGACUCCACGGAACGUCCACUCUGGCAUGGAUGACAGUCUUGGUUUCCUGCCAACGUUUGGUCCAUGUUUUGUAAACCUAUACGGCAGCCCCAGAGAGUUCACCGCCUUCAAUGACCCCCAUGAGGCUCUUAACUUGGGAAAAGGGGAGGGCGUGGCAUACCGAGGCCGGGUUUUACUGGAACUUACCACGAAACUGGUGGACAAGCCGGAGCAAAAAACUGAAGACAUACCCUCAGAUGAUCUUUUGGUGGUGGAGAAGUUUCUCAGGAAGAGGAAGUUCUCGCUCUUCGUUGCAUUUUACUCGGCCACUCUCCUCCAGGACGUCGACGACGCCAUCCAGUUUGAAGUCAGCAUCGGCAACUACGGCAACAAGUUCGACUACACCUGCCUUCCUCUGGCCUCCACUACUCAGUUUAGCAGGGCAGUGUUUGACGGUUGCCACUACUACUACCUCCCAUGGGGAAAUGUUAAGCCGGUGGUUGUUCUCUCUUCUGAGUGGGAGGACAUCAAGCCAAGGAUCGAGGCUCUCAACAUGUUGCUGGCCAUCACAGACAGGCUGGAGGCGAACCUGCAGAGGGUGCAGCUGGCAGUAAAGGCUGGCGGCGAUCUGGAGGAGGUGGAGCUCAGAGUGGUGGAGUUGUUGGAUCAGCUUAUCAGUGACUGCAGUGAUGAGCUGCCCUCACUCGAUCAGUGGCAGUGUGCAACGCCUCUGGAUCGCUCGCUGAGGCACGUUCGUACCCUCCACCUGCAGCAGAUCGCCGCGGCGGCGCUGGCUCUCAAACACGGCCCGGAGACUGAGCUCUCCACGAUGCUGGAGCAGGCUGAGGACUGGGCCAACAGGCUGAGGACCAUGACUGAAGAGCCCCAGAACAGCCUUCCAGACAUCGUGAUAUGGAUGUUGCAGGGUGACCGCAGGGUAGCGUACCACCGCAUCCCAGCACACACCGUCAUCUUCUCCCAGCAGCACUGUGGGAAACACUGCGGUCAGCUGCAGACUGUCUUUCUUAAGUGUCCACAGGGCAGUGGAGGAGAAGCCAAACUUCCCGGUCAGUUGAGGGUUAAAGUUUGGUUUGGAUUGGCUGCUGAUGUCAAACACUUCAAUGAAUACGCUGAAGGAAAACUGUCUGUCUUUGCCGAGGCGUAUGAGAACCAGACACGGCUCGCCCUGGUGGGCAGCUGGGGAACUACAGGUUUAACCUACCCCAAGUAUAGCGACAUCACCGGGAGAGUUAAACUGCCCAAAGAGAGUUUCAAACCCUCGCCCGGCUGGUCCUGGGCUGGAGACUGGUACAUCAGCCCCGAGAGGACACUCCUGUUUGAUGUGGAUGCCGGUCACAUGACCUUCACAGAGGAAGUGUUUGAAAACCAGAUGAGGCUACCAGGUGGCCAGUGGAUUGGCAUGCAGGAAGGAUACACGGAUGUGAACGGGGAGAAGGCGGUGCCAAAGGACGAGAUUGAGUGUCCACCAGGUUGGGUAUGGGAGGAGGUGGAGUGGAGUGAGGAUCUCAACAGGGCUGUGGAUGAUCAAGGCUGGGAGUACGGCAUCACCAUUCCCCCAGACCGGCGUCCCAAGUCGUGGGUGCCGGCAGAGAAGAUGUACCACACCAACCGACGGAGACGAUGGAUACGGAUGAGGCGACGAGACCAGCAGAAGAUGGACGCUCUGAGAAAGCAGCGUCCAGACGAGGUGGAGAGGGAGGGCUGGGAGUACGCCUCGCUUUUUGGCUGGAGGUUCCACCUCAAGCCCAGGAAGACAGACAGCUUCAGGAGGCGCAGAUGGAGGCGCCGCAUGGAGCCGCUGGAGAAGACAGGACCGGCAGCCAUUUUUGCCCUUGAGUGUUCUCUGAGCAGUAUAGAGGACAAGAAUGAAGACAAGUCAGUUACGACCACGUUUGGAGUCAACAGGCCUACCAUUUCCUGUUUCUUUGAGCGUGGCACUCGAUACCAUCUGCGCUGCUAUCUGUACCAAGCCAGAGACCUGCUGCCCAUGGACAAAGACAGCUUCUCAGACCCCUACGCGAUCGUAUCCUUCCUCCAUCAAUCCCAGAAGACGGUGACGGUGCGAAACACUCUCAAUCCCACCUGGGACCAGACGCUCAUCUUCUAUGAAGUGGAGAUUUUUGGCGACUCCGAGGUCACGAUGGCCAGCCCCCCCAAUAUUAUAGUGGAACUCUACGAUCAGGACACAUACGGAGCUGAUGAGUUCAUGGGUCGCUGCGUGUGCCAGCCCUCACUGACUCGGUCGCCACGCCUGGCCUGGUUCCCAAUUCGCAGAGGGGACAAGAACGCUGGCGAGCUGCUGGCUGCCUUUGAGCUUAUACGCAGAGAAAAGCCGUCACUUCACCAUAUUCCAGGUCAAGAGGGAGAUUUCCUGACUUCCACCCACAUCUUAGAUGAGCUGAUGUUUCCAGGAUUCCUCUCUGAAAACCUGCAGCAAUGGCCGGAGGAGUCAGACCUUCCCUACCCACCGCCUCAGAGAGAGCCAAAUGUCUUCAUGAUUCCUCAGGGAAUCAAACCUGUUCUGCAGAGAACCGCCAUCGAGAUUUUAGCAUGGGGCGUCCGGAACCUGAAGAGCUUCCAGCUGGCCAGCGUUACCUCCCCCAGCCUGCAGGUGGAGUGUGGAGGCAGCAUGGUCCAGAGCUGCGUCAUCCGCAGUGUGAAGAAGAAGCCUAACUUUGACAUUAAUACGCUUCUCCUUGAUGUGAGACUUCCCCAAGAGGAGCUCUACAUGCCGCCAAUUGUCAUCAAAGUCAUUGACAAUCGUCAGUUUGGGAGGAAGCCGGUGGUUGGGCAGUGCACCAUCCGCUCGCUGGAGGAGUACCGCUACAACCAAGAAGAUGAGCAAGCUGUGGAGUUGGAGGGAGAGGAGGAAGGAUGGAGACGUGAGACGCCCCAUUUAAUUUCUGGGGAGGUUUUUAUUGACAUCGAUGAUGAGCAGCCGCUUGUGUCUGACCAGCUUGCGGAUGGAACCAGUUCUGCUAUCAUUAACCUUUCAACCUCUAGUUCCAGCCUUCAUGGAGAAGAGAUUAUGGACUGGUGGAGUAAGUUCUACGCAUCGACUGGAGAGAAAAACAAGUGCGCGACUUAUCUGGAGGAAGGCUUUGACACUCUCAAGGUGUAUGACCGGGAGCUGGAGAAGAUCGAGGAUUUUAAAGGACUCUCUGAUUUCUGCCAAACAUUCAAACUGUACAGAGGAAAGACUCAAGAUGAAGGAGAAGAUCCCUCAGUGGUGGGAGAGUUCAAGGGCAUGUUUAAGAUCUACCCCCUGCCAGAUGACCCCGGUGCCCCUGUUCCCCCAAGGCAGUUCAGAAAGCUGCCUCCCAAUGGCAUCGAGGAGUGCUUGGUCAGAGUCUACAUCAUCCAGGCUCAUGGACUCCAGCCCAAAGACCCCAAUGGGAAGUGUGACCCGUAUGUGAAGAUCAUGCUGGGGAAGAAGUCAGUCAACGACCAUGAAAACUACAUCCCCUGUACACUGGACCCAGUCUUUGGAAAGAUGUUUGAGCUCACGUGUUCUCUCCCACUGGAAAAGGACCUUCGCGUGAUGCUGUACGACCACGACAUGCUCACCAAAGACGAGAAGAUCGGCGAGACGGUGAUUGACCUGGAGAACCGCUUCCUGUCCAAAUAUGGAGCCAUGUGUGGCCUGCCACAGUCAUAUCAUGUAUCUGGAGUAAACCAGUGGCGAGACCAGCUGACACCCACGCAGCUGCUAUACAGAUUCUGUGAGAGAAGAAAUCUGCGGAAGCCAGUCUAUGAAGACGAAGCAGUCCGCUUCAAAGGAGAACGAUACAUCGCUGCCGACCUCGAGGACAAAAAUGUGUCCAAACGUCAUCUUGGCCCAAUUAAGGAGCGACUGUCCCUUCACAUCUUGAGGAAACUGGGAUUGGUACCCGAACAUGUGGAAACCAGACCACUCUACAGCCCGCUCCAACCUGACAUAGAGCAGGGGCGUCUGAUGAUGUGGGUUGACCUCUUCCCCAAGUCUCUGGGACCACCUGGACCGCCGUUCAACAUCACGCCACGAAAGGCCAAAAAGUUCUUCCUGCGUUGCAUCAUCUGGAACACCAGUGAUGUCAUCCUGGAUGAUGUCAGCAUCAGCGGGGAGAAGAUGAGCGACAUUUAUGUCAAAGGCUGGCUCGACGGACAUGAACACAACAAGCAGAAGACAGACGUCCACUACCGCUCUCUGGGAGGAGAGGGGAACUUCAACUACAGAUUCCUGUUUCCCUUCAACUACUUACCAGCAGAGCAACUGUGCGUCGUCGACAAAAAGGAACAUUUCUGGAGUCUGGAUAAAGCCGAGACUAAACUGGCUCCUAAACUGACCAUUCAGAUCUGGGACAACGACAAGUUCUCCUUUGACGACUACCUAGGUCACCUGGUGAUGGACCUGAACCACAUGUUGCGUCCAGCAAAGUCUCCAGAGAAGUGUACCCUUCAGGUGCUCGACCAGCCACCGGACAAACUGGUGUCUCUGUUUGAACAGAAGACUGUCAAAGGCUGGUGGCCCUGCACCUGCGAGAACAAUGGAGAGAAGAUCAUUGCUGGGAAGGUGGAGAUGUCUCUGGAGAUAGUGACAGAGCAGGAGCAAGAGGAGAGACCAGCCGGCCUCGGCAGAGAUGAACCCAACAUGAACCCUCACCUGGAGGAGCCUCAGCGUCCAGAGACAUCCUUCCUGUGGUUCUCCUCCCCUUACAAGACCCUCAAAUACAUCCUGUGGAGACGGUUCAAGUGGUUCAUCAUUCUCUUCAUUUUCCUCUUCUUCAUUAUCCUCUUCCUUGGAGUCUUCCUCUACUCCUUCCCGAACUAUGCUGCCAUGAAGAUGGUGGGACCAUUUGGACCAGCCAAGGAAACAACUUAAGAUGAGGAGCAUUUGAAGGAAAAGA